GGUCCUCCUGGACGAGCAGGCUUUCCGGGUGGCAAAGGAAGUAUGGGAAUUCCUGGAAGAACGGGCUUAAAAGGACACGCAGGGGAGAAGGGAGCACCAGGUGAGCCUGGACUGUCUAUCAUUGGACCAAGAGGACCUCCUGGACAACCUGGUACAAGAGGAUUUCCAGGAUUUCCAGGUCCAAUUGGGUUAGAUGGCAAGCCUGGACAGAGUGGACCAAAGGGAGACACGGGACAGCGUGGUCCUAAAGGACACCCAGGGGAACCUGGACCUAAAGGGGAGAAGGGUAUCUGUGGCGAUUACACACAUCGGGGUCUCUUUGUGCAGGAUCUUCCUCUGAAAACCCUGGCUGCAUUACGAUCAAGUCAUACUCUGUUGAAGAUGUUGCCCAUCACCGUGCGCAACAUGCCCUCAAUAAGCCCUCUAAUAUUAAAACGCCUCAAGCAGGGCGAGCCUGGAAUACAGGGGCCUCCGGGACCUCCAGGGCCACCUGGACCACCAGGAACACCGGGAAUGGAUGGGGCCAAUGGCCCACCGGGUAAACCUGGGGAGCCAGGCAAACCUGGAAAAGAUCCAAGGCUUUUGCCCGGACUAAAGGGUGAGCCAGGUGUGCCAGGACAAAAGGGGGAUCGAGGUGAUGUUGGCCCAACAGGCCCAAAGGGAGUUAGGGGAGACCAAGGAAAUAAGGGAGAGAAAGGAGAGCUGAACGCUGGAGCCCUGGGAAUUAAAGGAGAGCCUGGUUCACCAGGACUGCCAGGACUAAGAGGACCCAGAGGUGACAAAGGAUCCCAGGGAGAAAAAGGGGAAGCAGGUCUUCAAGGCCCAGCUGGCCCAAGAGGUCUGCCAGGCCCGACUGGGGAGCCAGGAAGGGCUGAAAUCCUGUAUGAAAAUGAUAUCCGCAACAUCCCCCUGAUGGGCCCACCUGGAUUACCUGGACCUCCAGGGACACCUGGAAUCCCUGGAGCCAAGGGUGAAGUUGGUCUACCAGGUCCACCAGGACUGGAUGGAGAGAAGGGACCUCGAGGGAAGCCUGGAGAACCUGGUCCCCCGGGCCCAGCAGGUCCUGAAGGUCCCAGAGGAGAGGGAGGUGUCAUGGGCUUUCCAGGACCCAAAGGCACCAAGGGUGACAUGGGUCCAUCUGGAUCACCUGGUCCAAAAGGUGAACCUGGAGAUGGAGGAAGGUUAGAAUCGAUCUAUGGUCCUCCAGGGCCACCAGGACCCCCAGGACCAGUUGGCCCAGCAGGACCACAAGGACCAUCAGGGCCUAAGGGAGAGCCAGGAAUUGGAAUCCGAGGAGAAAAGGGAGCGACAGGUCAGAAAGGCGACAAGGGAGACAGAGGCCAUCUUGGACUUCCUGGUCUAGUAGGACCUGCAGGUGUGCCAGGGCCAGCAGGACCAAAGGGAGAGACAGGUGAAAAGGGUGAUCCUGGAAUCCCAGGACCAACAGGGCCACAAGGCAUCCCCGGAUUAGUAGGACCACAGGGACUCAAGGGAAAUCAGGGAGAGAGGGGCAAGAAAGGCAACAGGGGGGCCAAAGGGGAUAAGGGAGACCAAGGAGCACCUGGAUUAGAUGCCCCCUGUCCAUUGGGAGAUGAUGGUUUACCUGUACCUGGAUGUUGGAAUAAAGGUCAACAUCCUUUUCAACUGGCAAAGAAGUAGCACUACUGCAGAUGAUCUCCCACAAGCCACCAGAAGGAAAACUUUGGAUAUAGUGUUUGCAGUUUUUACCCAGUUGGCUUUUCAACUUUUUCCUGCAGGCUGGGCACAGGGCGAGUAGUGUCAGAGACUCUGGUGGCUAUGCUAUGCUGAACACAGUAACCUCAAAAAGACUGGAUAGUAGAACCUUUGCUCCAUGGUGUAGUUGGUCAUUGAAGUCUUUCUGGACAGAACAACGAUGAGACUAUCACAACCACAGAGAGCUAGAGGUUGAGACUUUACCUGCUGAUCUGUUCCACUGACUGAUCUGUUUAUCACCUAAAAAAAAAGCAUGGUCACUUGCAAUGUGUUGUGUUUGAUUUCACAUCAUUACUGUAACUGUGAUAAAGAAUUCAGAGCAGCUCACAGAACAGAUAUAUGCCAUGUGUUUCCAUGAAAAACCAAAAUGCAAAGGGAGACCCACUUGAUGAUUCCUUACUGAUACUAGUUGACACACUGCCUUUAAAAAAAAAAUCCCUUUAACUGCAGCUAUGACCAUUUUUGAAUGAUUGUGCUGUAUGUAUGAUGUGUGAUACCAGCAUCGCACAUCAUGUUUGUUCUCAUAUAUGAUAUUUUUUACUUUUUUGUAUGAACGCCAUGUUCACUGCUGUAUAUGUAUGUAAAGUACAAGAUGAGAAUUUUAUGUAUAAAUGUACCUAGCUUGUAAAUGGAGUGCAUGAAUUAAACAUCUUUUAAGUAGUGAAUAUGCAUCACAGUUCUGAAAAGGUGGUAUUCAUAUCUUGAUAAAUGAUUUCUUGAGAAAUGUAUAAUUUGUAAAAUACUUUGACCUAUUGUUUACCAGAAUUACAUAAUUUUAACAUUUGCAUCUUCCGUAUGUCCAGCCCCGUCACUUAUUCUGGCUCAGAAAAGUCACAUUUGUCAUUCAUAAUAUUGAAAUGUAAUUGAUCUUUUUCCAUCUAAAAACAUCACAGCUUAAAUCUUUUUGCUCAUUUGUUACUGUACAUUCAGAUAGCAUAAAAUGACUUGUCAGCAUUUCACCUUCCUGUUAUUGUAGUUCAGAUGUACAGAAGCAUUCCAUGUCAUCCUGACAGCUGCCAUGUAAACAGACUCGGGUCAAAGUCGUAUUUUAUUUUAUUGGGAUUUUUCAGUUUUGGAGUUCAGUAGUAUAAGAAUGAUGUUUGAUUUUUUCGUUGGGUACAAGUGCACCUGGAAAAUCAUAUAGUUAUAUUUAUUAAAAUUUAAAACAAAAUUAUCAAUCACAUAGCUUAAUUCAAUAUUGUUGUAAGUGUCAACACUACGGAAGCGUAGAGCUGCCAUCCAGGCAAAAGAAAAAUAGAGUUAUAUGACAUUAUAACAUGAAAAAUUUAUUGUUCUAACAAUAUACUUCUCACAUUUGAACAACAUAAUAUCACAUAUUACAAUAUAACUAUAUAAAUAUUAUAUUGUAAUAACAUGAUAAUAUGUUGUUCAAAUGUGAAAAGUAUAUUGUAAAAACAAUAAACUUUUCACAUUAUAACGUGAUAUGGUUCUAUUUUUCUUUUCCCUGGGUGGCAGCUCUACACUUCCAUACAACACUCAAAGUAAUGCAGCUUCAAAAAAAUACUAGUAAAGAAAAGACUACAUUUAUUUCUUUUUUGACAGUGCUAUCUAUAAAAUAAUGUUGUUGUUUAAUUUAAAUGAGUUAAACACUGUCUUUGUUUUCUUUGGUUGUCAGAUAAUGUUGUUUAUUAGCUAAUCAUAUGCUGUUUUGUUUAUUUGAUUUUUUUUUUAAUUGGUGUUUUAUUUAUUUAACUGUUUUGUCUAUUAGAUCUGGAUCUCUUGUCUAAAACUGCAAAAAGGGACUUGGUGGAGGAUGCAAUCUCCAAAUAACCUUCUGGUUGUGCAAUGUAUAUUAUGUAUUAUAUAAUCAGUUUUAUAUGUUUAGUUGCAUUAUUGGUUUAUCUGUUUAUAAAUCUAAUUACAUUUGUCCCUUACCUGUACUUAUUAAGGUUUUGUAGACAUGCAGCCCCCAUCCACAUGAUGUUAACCUCCUGCCCCAGUUAUACAGGCCUUUGUACCAAUCACUGAACCCCCUGGCAACCACCUGUCGCUAGGGAAAAUGUGUAAUGCCUAACUAGUUUGCAAAAUUGAUGGACUUAUCUACAAACUCUGGUUAGCUACUUUCCCAGCUGUAGCGAAACUAUGAAGAGGGCAACACAAACAGGAAAGUUGUACCUCCACCCAAUAAGACAACAGUUUUCAGAAACCACUGCCAACCAGUCAGGAAACACACAUUUUUCUCUGGUAAUUUGUGACUUUAUCAAAUCCAGUAUGGCAGGAACUCUCAGGCAACAUGUGCAUGACUUAAGAUGAGACACUUCAAUAACCUGAUCACUUAAGCUGCAGUGUCCUGAGUUCUCAGCCAUCAAGCAGAAGAUAUAAUUGUUUGAUGAUUUAUUUAAAAGUACUUGUUCUAAUUGAUGUUACAGUUUUCAGCAGUGUUUUCUUUCAACUUGCUUUUAAUAUGUUUCCCCUUUUUUGUGCUGUAACAGAUUUUAUAUCUAAAAAAUAUUUAGCGCUUUCUGUUUUAAGCCUCUACAUUUCUGUUUUUUUGACUUGAUCUGAUUUUUGUUUGCAUGUUUUAUUCAAAGUACCAAUUUAUUACUGAUACGUUGUUGCAACAAAAGGCUAAUGAUUAAUCUUAUUGCAGGAAUUUGCUCCUACAAUACAGGUUUUGAUUAACUAUCUGUAACUUCUUCUAGAAAAGCUGAAAAGUAGUACUUUACAUGAUAAGUGCACAAUGCACUUGUUGGCAAAGCUCUAACCCAACAACAUGUGUAUGUAACAUCUAUGUGGUUGCUGGAGUCGAUAUAAAACCCAUUACAGGAACUCCAGGAAGCUUAGAGAAAUUCACAGAAUCCAAGUAUGUCACAAAGGUGAUCCAAGACAUUGAGGUACAGCUAUUCAUACUAAAACUUUAAAGUUCUUUGAUAAUGACAAUUCCCCACAGAGCUCUUUAUGUCAAGCCCUCACACAUUCUGCGUGUGUUUACAGUGGUGUAUUUUUUGCUGUCUAUUUAAAUUAAUAUAUAUUAAUAGCUAUUUUAAACUAAUUGGUGCAUAAACAGUUAACUUUGCUUCAAAGUGUAACUCUUGAUAUAUAAUUUCUUUGAUUUGAAAGUUUGAGACAGAGAGGAGGUGGGCAUUAAAUAUAGAAUUUGCAUGCUACUGUUUAGCCUGUUUAAUUUUUUCUUAUUUGGGUAAUAGAUCAUUAGAUGUACUCUCCAUUUAAUAUUUUUCCCCAGCAAAGUUAAAAGAUAUGUGUCUGUGCUACCAUGACACUAACCUGAAUUGUGUCAUGGUAGAAAUUUCCGUGACACACAGCAAUUUGUUAAUUUAAGGUGGUGUCAGAAGAGAAUGUUGAUUUUGCUUUUGUUUUCCAGAAGAAUGUUUUUUAUAAUCCUAAAAAUGGCAGCUGUUGUCACUGAUUGCCAGACAGAUUCACUGUUCAAUUCAGCGUCAAAGCAAUUUGUCACUGACUCAGAAUAAAGAAUUUUACUUUAAAUAGAA